CUCUCAAUAAUAAUUAUAAUAAUGAUUGACUUUCUAUACUACGUAGUAGUUUUAGAAUUGUUCAUAGGCAAAUCAAAAUCGAGUAAUCUGGAACGUUUAUCAAAUCCGCCACCAUACAAAUCUUAUUAUGAAUUUCCAAAAAAUUGUCCUGAUCUUAAAUUUUCGGGUUCAACAAUGUCUCAAGAAGAAUUACGCAAAGAAUACUACAAAUGUCAAUCAAAACAUAUAGAUCGAUGGAAAAUAACUACUAGCAAUUAUUAUACGGAAACCAGAGAAUUCUGUUGCUUUGUCAAAACAGUGUUGACUUGCGAAAAACCAAUAUUAACAUUGUGUGAUAAAACUUAUUCACAAUUGAACGAGGACGAUACAGAACGUUUAUUUGGAAAAUCUUGUAAUCAAUUUACCUGUGAUGAAACCGAUACGAAUUUAAUGUCUAAGAUUUUAAAAUGGGUCUUAUUUAUUGGGGGUGGAAUUUUAUCUGCACUAAUGUUAUAUUGUGCUGGGCGUUACGGUUAUGAAAAAGGGAAAGAAUGGUGGGAACUUCGAAACAUGGAUCCAAAUGUUCGUGAAAAAUUAGAAACCACUAGUCCAUUUGUGACAAAACAAACUGAAUUCGAAUUGUAUCAACUGAAAGCUGCUGCUAAUCAUAGUAAAUUAGAAACUGAAAAUAGCAAAUGGAAAUUCUAUAGAAAAUACAAAUUGCAUUUUGAAAAGAUUUUACGAAAUCGAAAAUUGAAACAGCAGGCAAAAAAAAAUAUCGAGCUUGAAAUGAAUACGAAUCCGGAAGUGUUUUGGGAACCAUUAAUAAACAAAAGUACAACCUUAAACAAAAUUACAACAUCUUCGAAAAUUGUUACUCCACCAGAAGCUGAAAAACCGUCGGAAUUGUUAGAAUCGAUUAAGACAGCAGCGUUCACUUUUUACAACUUUUUCGGUGUCGAGGCUGCUGCUGAUUCGCAGGCUGAUGUUGCUGCACUCGAUGGUAAAUUGGACACUGAAAAUAGCAAAUGGAAAUUCUAUAGAAAAUUCAAAUUGCGUUUUGAAAAGAUUUUUUUAAAUCGAAAAUUGAAACAGCAGGCACAAAAUAAUAUCGAACAUGAAAUGAAUACGAAUCCGGAACCAUUAAUAAACGAAAAUACAACUUCAAACAUUGUUACUCCACCAGAAAAACCGUCGCAAUUGUUAGAAUCGCUUAAGACAAAAGUGUCCACUUUUUACAACUUUUUCGGUGCCGAAGCUACUGCUGAUUCACGGGCACUCGGUAAUAACUUGGAGACUCAAAAUAGCAUUAAUAGCAGCAUGUUUUUGGAACCAUUAAUAAACGAAAGUACAACCUUAAGCAAAAUGACAACAUCUUUGAAUAUUGUUACUCCACCAGAAGCUGAAAAACCGUCGCAAUUGUUAGAAUCGAUUAAGACAACAGUGUCCACAUUUUACAACUUUUUCGGUGCCGAAGCUACUGCUGAUGCUGAUGGCAACGCACUAACCUAGGGGAGUUAUUAUCCAAUUGAUGCUAAAUAUUCUUGGUUUAAAUGUUUCUAUUUUAUUCCAACUUGAAAAAAUUCAAAAUUUCUGAACUUCAG